AUGCAUCUUUUUCCAUUCCUCUCAAUCGCUCUCACCGCACUGAUUCCAGCAAUCCUAGCCCAAGGUUAUGGCGGCGGCUGGAACCGACAUCGAACCUCUACCACCACCAGCCCAGCACCGUCCGAAGACACAUCCCAACCCUCCAACAACCCCAGCACACCAGUCGUCAGCACGGGCGGCGUGCACAAAGGCUUCAACUACGGCGCUGCGACCAACGGCGCCGCCACCGACUUCGCGGCCGAAUUCACCGCCGCGCAAGAGCUUUCCCAUACCUCCGGCUUCAACAGCGCACGCCUGUACACCAUGAUCGAAUCCGGGACGACGGAUACUCCAUCCUCUGCGUUCGAUGCGGCCAUCAACACAGGCACGAGUUUACUUCUCGGGAUCUGGUGUUCGAGCGGUCAAACAAUCGUCACGAACGAGCUGAACGCGCUCGCGGCAGCCGUGAAGCAAUAUCCAAAGCUCAAUGCCCUGGUCGUUGGGAUCUCCGUCGGCAGCGAAGACCUGUAUCGGAACCCUCAAGGGGGCGGCGCCAGCGCCGCCACCAUCCUCUCGUACAUCAGCCAGACGCGCACCGCCAUGAGCACCGCGGGGGUAAGUUGGCCACUGGGUCACGUGGACACGGCCAACAUCUGGCAAGGGAGCGACGGGGCUUCCCUAAUUGACAAGAUCGACUGGAUUGGCGCGGACGUGUACCCGUACUACUCUAGCGGUUCUCCCUCCAGCCUCAGCGAUUUCACGUCCGGCAUGGCUGUGAUUCCAAACUCGAAGCCCGUAUGGGUAACGGAGACGGGAUGGCCCACGAGCGGGACGUUCGCCGGGACGUCGUCGGUGGCGUCAUCGGAGAAUGCAGCGACUUAUUGGAAGACUGUGGGAUGUGGGCAUUUAUUUGGAGCGACAAAUACGUGGUGGUAUACUCUUUAUGACGGGAAUGUUCCCCUUCCUUUUGGGGUCAGUUCGUCGGCAGGAGGUACCAGUCCGAAGUAUAGCCUUGCUUGCUAG